UGAUGUCAAAAUGGUUAAUAUAGUUUCAACAAAUACUUGUAACAAUGUAUCUGGUUGUGUGAUUGAAGUGGUUUGACCUUAAUCUGAUCUGAAAUCAUCAGACAAGCUCAGUAAUUCACGAUCUCAUGCUAAUGUUCGGUGAUAUUUUCACAGCAGACGCAGCAGAAAUGUUUAUGUUUAUCAGAUUGUACAGAUCAGAGUCUGACGACCACAAACAAACAGGAAAAAAGCAAAACAAAGCUUUUUUUUGUUCCAACUCCUUUUUCAGGCCCGACCUGAUCGACAUGGAGGUGGUGUCACGGCAGAGUAACCGUGAGAACCUGGAGCAGGCCUUCGAGAUCGCUGAGUCGUUAGGUGUGACCAGACUGCUGGAUGCUGAGGACGUUGAUGUUCCCUCUCCAGACGAGAAGUCAGUCAUCACUUAUGUCUCCUCAAUCUACGAUGCCUUCCCUAAAAUCCCCGAGGGUGGAGAGGGCAUCGGCGCACACGAGGUGGAUCAGCGCUGGUCGGAGUACCAGUCCAGGUUCUCGUCUCUGCUCCAGUGGAGCCGCCAGCACACGGCCCUCAUGGCCAACAAGAACUUCCCACAAAACCCCGUAGAACUCAAGGCACUUUACAAUGAGUACGUCCAUUUCAAAGAGACGGAGAUCCCCGCGAAGGAGAUCGAGAAAGGUCACAUCGAACACCUCUACAAACUGCUGGAGGUGUGGAUAGAGUUUGGUCGCAUUAAGCUUCCUCAGGGCCUUCAUCCCAAUGACCUGGAGGAGGAUUGGGGUAAACUCAUCCUGGAGAUGCUGGAGAGAGAAAAGAUUCUCCGGCCAGCUGUGGAAAGGCUAGACCUGCUGCUCCAGAGAGCCAAUAAGAUCCAGAACAUGUCUCUGGACUGCGAGGAGAAACUCACGCUCGCUAAGAACACACUCCAGGCUGACAUGUCUCGAGCGGAGAGCGGCGAGGGCGUGCAGUGCGAGAGAGAGCUGGCCUGUUACCUGCAGGACUGCGAGUCUCUGAUUCAACAACUCUACCAGGAGCUCAAAAUCCUGAGAGAUGAGAAAUACUACCAGGUGGAGCAGCUGGUGUUCAGAGUUUCCCGCCUACAAGAGGAGCUGGUCUCCCUCAGACUGCAGUGCUCCAGCAUCUACAGGAAAGGCCACUUCUCUCAGGCCCUGGGCACCACGGGGACAGAGCACACCCACCAGAGACCCCCUGAUACGGGCCUGUCUCUGGGUCAGACGCUGCUGGGAGCUGUGGGAGCGGUCGGAGCCGCACUCCUGCGGCGACCGAUGGCUCGGUCCCAGCUGGUGGCCAUGUCUUCAUCAGAGGACGAAGGAAGCCUGAGGUUCAUCUACGAGCUGCUCGGAUGGGUGGAGGAGACGCAGGAGCUGUUGGAGCGCGCCGAGUGGGGUGCAGACCUCACCUCUGUAGAAAAAAACCUCGACGAGCACAACAACAUACACACUGCGAUUGAAGAGCUGAUGAACAGCCUGCAGGAGGCACGCAGCUACGAGGCUAAAGUCUCUCCCAACUUCAAGAGCAGUUACUCUGAGACGCUGGCCAAGCUGGAGAACCAAUACUGCAAACUACUGGAACAUUCGUCAUGGCGCCUGCGGAGCUUGGAGAGCCUGCACAUGUUUGUGUCGCAAUGCACUGACGAGCUGAUCUGGCUCAACGAGAGGGAGGAGGAGGAGAUCGCCUACGACUGGAGCGACAACAACACCAACACGAACGCAAAGAAAGAAUUAUACAGUGAAAUGAGGUUAGAGCUGGAUGAAAAACGAGAUGUGAUGCGGUCACUCCAGGAAACGGCCGGCCGUCUGUGUCAGGAGAACCAUCCUGCCAAGCAGACCGUGGAGGCUUACAGUGCAGCCCUGCAGACCCAGUGGCAGUGGGUGGACCAGCUCUGCUUGUGUGUGGAGCAGCAUCUCAAAGACAACACGGCGUACUUCCAGUUCAUGACUGACGCCCGGGACUGUGAGUCAUACCUCCGCCAGCUCCAGGAAACCAUCAAGAGACAAUAUACCUGUGAUAAGAACAGCAGGCUCAGCAAACUGGAAGACCUGCUGCAGGACUCAAUGGAGGAGAAGGAGCAGCUCAUUGAGUAUCGGAGUACAGUAGCUAGCCUGGUGGGCCGGGCCAAGACGGUGGUGCAGCUGCGCCCCCGCAGUGCAGAGAGCACUCUGGGAACUACAACACCCAUCAAAGCCAUCUGUGACUACAAGCAGAUCGAGACAAACGUUCAGAUCACGAUAAGCCGAGGAGAGGAGUGUGUGCUGCAGGACAACUCUCAGAGGACCAAGUGGAAAGUGAUCAGUCCGACGGGGAACGAAGCCAUGGUCCCCUCGGUGUGUUUCACCGUCCCGCCUCCAAACCAGGAGGCCAUCGACACAGCCAGCAGAGCUGAGCAGCUGUACCAGAAGGUCAUGUCCCUGUGGCAUCAGCUCCAUGUGAACAUGAAGAGUGUGGUAUCGUGGCACUACCUGCUCAAAGACAUCAAGACUGUAUCUGGGUGGAACUUGGACACGGUUCAGAGUCAGUCUCCAUCAGAGCGGGAGCACGUCCUCAAUCACCUGGAGUCCCAGAUGGCCGACUUUCUGUCAGACAGCAAAGAGAGCUCGCUGUUCACGCCGGCCGAAAGACGAGAGCUCGAGAAGGACGUUCAGCAGGCCCAGCAACACUGCCAGGACCUGCUGCUCAACAUGGAGACCGUGGAGAAGGAUGAGUCAGUCUCUCGGUCGUACCUGUCAGAGCUGCAGAACAUCACCCUUUGUAUUAACGAGGCUGAGCAGAGACUGAUGAGAAGUAUUGAGACUCCGCCUCCCAUCCUGUUGUCAGGUGAUGGUGCUGACAACACGGUCCAGAUUAGAGAGCAGGAGAAGCUGCGGUCUGAGCUGGACAGCCUGCGCUCCAGUUUGGGUGACGUGUCUCAUCGCUGCGUUAAGUUCUUCGAGGAGAAGCCGACCUCGUCCAGCGUUCCUGUCCUCCGGUCGGAGCUCAAUCACGCUGUGGAGAAGAUGGACAAACUGCACAACCUCUCAGCUGUCUACCUUGAAAAGUUAAAAACAGUGGAUGUCCUGAUCCGUAGCCUGGAUGAAGCAGAGAGCCAAGUCAGGAAGUACGAGAACAGACUAAGUGAGGAAGACAUUGUUCCUGCUGACACAACAGCCAUUCAGAACCUCAGAGAUCAACUGGGGAAGUGGCAGGCUGAGCUUGGUGAGCAGGAAGGCGUCUUCCAGUCUCUGCAGAUGGAGGUACGUCAGGCCAAAGAGGCGGGGUCUAAGCUCAACAGGCUCCACCCGGACCGCAGCCCUGAGCUCGAGCGCUACCAGGACAAAGCCAAUCAGAUAACAGAAAGAUGGAGUGGAAUCAAAAGACAGAUGGAGACACGACGAGCGGAUCUUGAAGCUCUGGGCUCCUCCCUGCAGCAGUACAGAGACGGCCACUCCGCUUUGAUCAAGUGGAUCGAAGAGACGACGGAGAGACAAGAAAACACACAGCCGGGACAGAUGGACAGCAAAGCACUGUCGGAACAACUGGCCCAGCAGACUGCCUUGGUAGCUGAGAUCGAACAGAAUCAGACCAAACUAGACGAGUGCCAGACUCAUUCCAAACAAUACUGUGCCUCAGUGAAGGAUUAUGAACUACAGCUGAUGACAUUCAGAGCCUUUGUAGAGUCGAUGCACAAAUCACCUGUCAAGAGGAGAAGGAUGCACUCUUCCUCUGACGCUAUCACUCAGGAGUUCAUGGACUUGCGCACACGCUACACAGCCUUAGUGACCUUAACAACCCAGCAUGUGAAGUACAUCAGCGAUGCUCUGAGGAGACUGGAGGAGGAGGAGAAAGAGGUGGAGGAGGAGAAACAGGCCAGGGUGGGGCAGGUUUCAGACCUUCUGGGCUGGGUCAAAGGCCUCCAAGGACGCGCUGGUGGCCCCAACGCCGAGUCUUCUCUGGCUGCUCAACAGGCCAUCAAUGAACAGCUAGCAGCCAAGAAAGAUCAGGUGGCUGAAGCUAUAAGGAGCACACAGGUCUUCCUUCUGUCGAAACAGGCCAGCAAGUUGUCCCCAGAGGAGCGGGCACACGUGGAGGCUCAGCUGGACGAGCUGAAGACCACCUACAACCAGCUGUGCGACAGCUCCACCCAACAGCUGCAGCAGCUGGAGCAGCAACUGGCCAAAGAGGAGGAAAGAAAGAAUGAGAUUGCCAUUGCUGGAGUGAUUGACCUGAGUACAGUGGAAACAUUCCCAGUAUUCCCAGCAGCUCAACGUGGUCUUAUUGACCAGGACACCUGCCACGUUCUGCUAGAGACCCAGCUCAUUAUGGGUGGGCUCCUUCAACCUGACUCUCCUGUCAAACUUUCACUGGAGCAAGCUCUAACUCGAGGCCUAAUUGACAGCCAUACCAGACAGUCCCUGUCUGAGCUUGAGAGCGCCCUGUAUUUGGUGGAAAACACCAAGACUGUGAGUGAUGAACAACAAGAAAAUGCCUUGCCUGUAGUUAGAGCCAUGGAGACCGGGCUAAUCAGAGAGGAAGUGGGACUUCGCAUUCUCCAACUCCAGAUGAACACUGGAGGAUUGAGACAUUCAACUGGAAAAAUGUUGAGUUUGGAGCAAGCAGAAGACAAGAGACUUUUGUCUCCCAGAAUUAUUACCAAGCUCCAGUCGAGACUACAACACAGAGAGCUGAUUGAUCCAAACACAGCUGAAAAAGUAAAUCUCUGUGAGCUGCAGCUCCAGUGUGUUCUCGAUGAUGAUUCAGGGCUUCUUCUCUUCCCUGUCAAGCAGCAGCCUGGAGGAACAGUUUGCCUCCGUUCUGGAAGAAAAGUCGGUAUUUUCCGUGCUGUGCAGGAGGGACUGAUUGAUCGGAAAGUUACCGUACGACUUAUUGAAGCUCAGCUUUUUGCCGGUGGUAUUGCAGACCCACGAUCUGGCCAUCGACUGACAGUUGAUGAAGCAGUUCGCCAUGGGCUUAUGGACCAGGAUCUAGCCUGUGCCAUGUUAGCACGUCAACUGCAAAAUGGGGGCAUUCUAGACCCUUUCAGUAGAGAGCGCCUGGACUUAGAAGAGAGUAUUCGCAGGGACCUUCUCUCCCCUCGUUUGGCUCUGUUGGUCCUUGAGUCUCUCUGGACUUUUAUGGGCUUGCUCUGGCCUGAAACUGGAGAGGUUUUACCCAUUGCUGAGGCUGUUCAACAAGGUGUGAUCUCGGGGGAUCUAGCAAGGAGCACCCUGAGACAACGACAUGCCAUUGGGGCUUUGUACAACCCAGAAACCCUUCAGGUGCUGCCCCUGAACAGGACUGCUGAAAAUGAAUUAGAUCCCAGUGCGGUCAGUUUUCUCAAAGAAAUCCACAUACCAGAUGUUCUUUCCAACAUGACCCAGUCAGGUAACCCAUCUCUAAACCGCCACAGCUGGGGUUCCACUAGCUCCUCCUCUCCUCCAUCCUCUCCCCUGCCUCCAUCAUCUCCCACAGGCCUUGUGUGGGAAACUACAUCAACUAAUGGGAAGGAUCCUGAAGAACAAGCCAAACACAAGCUGCUGUUUCACCUCAUGACUCACAGCUAUGUAGAUGCUCAUUCUGGAAAGCGCCUCGUGCUGCUUGACCCUGAGCUAAUGAUAAUGAUCAAGGACGCUGACAUGGUUGCUGGAGAAUCUGCUCGUCAGGUUGAGCCGCUAAGCAGUGUGGCUACAGAUAAGCUAGAUAAACUGGAAAUGGGGGAAAAGAUUAGUUUGGCAGGUAAUGGAGUGAGUGAAGGUGUCAACGACAGUUCCAGUUUAGUCACACCAAGUAAGGAUUUUGAGAUUAACGAUAGAAGUGGCCUAGAAGAAAUGCAUGAUGGGGAAGGAGACAACAAAUCACUGCAGCAACCAUCAGAACCCAUAGAAGAAGACUUAGCCAUUUCAGCUAAAUAUGAAAUUGCUGGUGAUAAAAGUGAAAAGGUAGAUGAACAAAAGAAAGAAAUGACCAGUUGGGACAGUUUAGCUUCAGCUAAAUACCUCAACGAUGAAAUAACAAAGAGCCCAAAUGAAAUAAUACAAACUGAAUACCAACCCAUGGAUAGUCCUGUGCGAGACAGUGGAAGUACAACUGCAACAGAAGUUAUUGAAAUGGCCACAGCACCACUCAAAUCAGAGGAUAAUGUUGAAAGGAAGACAUUCAAAGAGCUCAUCCCAGGGGAAAAACCAAAUGAAGAUGUUAAAUUAACAGCAUCCCAAGAAAGGAAAGAUAUAAAAGAUUCCCAGGCUGAAUCAGAAAUUAUAAAACAAAACGUGGCUGUAAAAGAGACAGACUCAAAGCAAGCUAAACCACAAGUUGAUAUCUCUGAAGCAGUAGUGGAAAAGCAAGAAGAGGAUGCUGAACUGGAGAGGAUGGUCAUGCAGCUCAAACAGGGAGGUCUAAUGACAGAAGAAGGGGAAAAACUGCUGCCAGAUGAGGCAGUAGCCCAGGGUGUCCUUCCUGGCCAUACAGCUGUUAAAUUAAUGGCUCAAGCCGGUUUGUUUGGGGGCUUCCUAGAUGCCAGCAGUGGGGAGUCACUUACCAUGGAGGAAGUUAUGCAGGAGGGUUUACUAGAUGAAGAUCUAAUGUGGGGUGUCCUAAAGUCAGAUAAAACCCUUGCAGGGGUUGUUGAUGUGGAGAAAAGGCAGAUCUGUGGGGUGAGGGAGGCAGCUCAGGCAGGGUUGAUUGAUCCCAACACAGCCUCUCGACUUCUGGAAGCCCAGGUGGCAUCUGGGGGGAUUGUUGACCUGCGUAGGGAUAAGAAAGUCUCUGUGACUCUAGCAGCAAACCUGGGGCUGAUUGAAGACGAUCAUAGAGAAGAACUUGUAGCACUGGAGAAGGCAUGCAAGGGAAAGGAUGCAGAUUCCUCAAAAUUCCUCAAGAAAGCCAGUUUGCAGCUUCAGAUGGAAGGUGUUCUCGACCCAGAGUCCAAGUCUCCAGUUCCUAUAGAACAAGCUAUUCACAAAGGCUUAAUUAGACCAGAGGAGGCUUAUCAGGUCUUGGCUAGGCAAGUGGCUGAAGGUGGAAUAAUUCACCAUCCUUCAGGCAUGAGGCUUCCAGUUUCUGAUGCUGUUGAUAGAGGACUAGUAGAUCGGUCCGUUGCUCCUGGGUUAGAGGAACUUGAGUGGGUCUACCAAGGAAAAGUCAGUCCUUCACAUCGCCCAGAAGCUUUUGUUUUCCAAGCAUCAACCGGAGCCAUUUCAGACCCUGACACUGGAAUCAAACUUACUUUGACAGAGGCUGUUACUAAGGGUCUUCUAGAUGAGAACAAAGCCAGUGAAGUCAUGGCUUCUCCCACAGUAACUCAAGGAGUUCUUGACCCCCAAACAGCACGGAUUGUGCCCUAUUCAGAACUUGUAAACCAGGGUAAGAUAGAUAUUGAAACAGGUAAACGCUUCUUGGAGGUGAAACCAUUCCGUGGUGUUCAGGAUAAACAAUCAAAGGAAACACUGACCCUUCCCGAAGCAGUUGCAUUAAAGAAAGUUGAUCCAGCUCCAGCAUUUAGACUUCUCCAAAGCCAGGCAGACAGCGGUGGGAUCAUUGAUAUCAGAACUGGAGAAAGGCUCUCGCUGCCUGAAGCUUCUAAGAGAGGUUUAGUUGGAGAUGAUAUGGUCACAGAAAUAGCUACAAACCAGUUUUUGAAAGGAGGCUUAGUUGAUCCUUCAACUGGACAACGAGUCUCAGGUCUCAAUGUUGCAACUGCUUUAGGACUGAUAUCUAACAAUGUGGCUUUGGAGAUUCAGGAGAAAGUGAUGUCGGUAGAGACCGAGGGUGGUGAAGAAAGCUCUACACCCGUUGCCUCAUCAGAUAGUACGUACAGCCCUGCUAUCAAAUUUUCAGCAUCAAGUCCAGACAGUCCAUCAAACUGGUCUGAUGUGAACACUGAGGAGCCCACGAAAUCUCCACCUUCAAAGAGAGAAGCAGUGCAAGAUGAAGAGAAAACACUGACAUCUGUACUUUCAGAUCAGUUAAAGUUAUAUGACACGAUUGCAGAUGAGGACAAAGUGGACAAACCUGAGUCAGGGAAAGAAAAGACUUCAAGGCAGCCGGACGAGUCCAUGGACAUCUUAUUUAAGUUUGCAACUAAUGUUGAGAAAAGAAUCCAGCAAGCCAUAAAAGAAAUUGAACCACAGAAAGACACCACUAAAUCACAGAGUCUUCCUGAACAGGAGGCAGAUGAGAGACUGCAAAUAAAUGAUGAACAAAGGAAAAGCAUUAUCAGAGAUUCUGUAGAAGUCAAGCCGACACAAAUCUAUCAUGCUGACAAAGAUUUACAGGAAAAGGAUAGAACAGGUGUCAAUGGGGAACCUGUGCAGGGUAGGGAAAAAGAGCGUGUUCCCGAGGAUGGAAGAUUGAAGCCCAAGACGACGAGUCCUGUGGCAGUAAUGGUUAUAGAUGACAAGGAAAGCAAAGAGGGUGAUGAAGUGUCAAAUUUGGGCGAAGAGGAAUCUAGAAAGGAUGAUGUGGCAGUGCAGAAAGAUGAUGGGAUAAGAGAGAAGGUCCAAGUGGUGGAGAAAACGAAGCCCUUAAAGGUUGAAGAUUUAGAGAUCAAAACCAGCACUCGUUCUGAAGAGUCAGCACAGUCGUUGACAUCUGCUUCCAAAGAGUCAGAAAACAAAAGCAAAAAGAAGAGGAAAAAUAAAAAGAAGGGAAAAGGUAAAGAGACAGAGGGCGAAACACACCCUUCAGAGAUAAAGCAUGGAUCUCAAAUUUAUCAAACUGAGGAGGAGAUGGAAGGAAAGUCUGGAGCUGUUAAUGCGACUACAGUUGAGCUUGCGUCACAAGACGUAGACAUGAAAUCACAGAUUCAUGGUCAGGGAGCUUCUGAAGGGCAAAUCGAAGGCAUAAGGACUGAUGAGAAAUUUGAGGUUGAGAGUAAUUUGGUGAGACAGGGACAGAAAGAAGCCUUAAAACUAAUCGCUGAACCAGAGAAAGAGGCAAAUAAAAUAUUAACAGCUACAGCAAAGGCUGAUAAGAGAGAGGAGAUGAAAGGGAAGUCUGAAGAAAAGGAUUCUGUCGCUCAGCAACCAGAAAAACCAGAGAGCAUUCAGGAGGUGAAGGAAAGGAAAGAGCAUGAGCUGCCUCAGAAAUCCCCUCUGCCAGACACUGAGAAAGCGGCCUUGAUCCUGAAGGCCAAAGAGAGUAUUCUUAAAAAGGUGUUUGAAAAAGGCGUGAGUGAGAAACAGGCUGCUGAGGAGCUGCAGGCGCUGCGCAAAGAGGUGGGGAAGAAGGAGGGUAAAGGUAUAACUGUUAGUGAUGUAAAGGCACAAACUCGGCACGCUAAGGAGGCUGGAGUGGAGAGUCGAGCUGUAAAAGAAGACACUGUCAAGACAUCCGAUGGUUUAUCUGAAGAAAGUAAAGAAGAAGAGAUGAGUGUCAAGGUGGACAAAAUGAAACUGAGAGAAGUCAAAGAAAAUCUGCCUGUGGAGAAACCGUUGGUCGAGGAGACCACGGAGGCUGAACCGCUGGAGGUUUCUUCAAAUGAAAAAGAAAAGGAUGCAAGUUUUGGAAUGGAAGAGACACAAAAAGAUAUUAAGACAGCUGCAUCGGUCCAAUCUAAAGAAGCUCAGCCUAGUAAACAAAGUAAGAAGAGCAAAAGAUCCAAGAGGCUGAAAGUGGCUGAAAAAGCUGAGCCUGAUACUGAGAAGGCACUGAGCAAGGAAAAAGUGGAAGUGACUGCAACAGAAAUUACCCCAAAAUUCACUCUGGAAAGAACAGAUUUGGAAAGCUCAGGUUUGAUUCAGGAGCAGAAGGUAGAUUCUGAGAGUCGGUCACUAACGGGGGAUGUCCUCUCACCUUCGGCUGGUGAAGAGACAGUUGAGGUGGAGACCCCUGCGAUUAUUAUUCCAACAGUUGAGACUCUUGCGCAAACUUCACCCCAUUUGUAUCGACCACAGAGGCCCAGUUAUCACGUGCAGGACAUCGUACAAGCGGAAGAGAUCAGUGGCGGGAAAGACAAAUCCCAUUCAGGCACUGGAGGUGUGAUCGAAGCUGACCUUUCUCACGGUGGACACAAAGUGGAGACUCAGUCCACAGCUCUGUCCGCUGCUCUGUCCACAGCUCAGCCCACAGCUUCUGAUCCACAGCCUGAUAAAACAGCUGGCAAAGGCAGAAAGAAGAAAACGCACCAACCAGUCAAAGAAGAAGGCACCGAUACUCCUGCAUCAGAAUCUUUAAAAAACCAACAGCAACAUCUUGAAUCUUCAGAAACGCCGGCUUUGCUCUCAGAAGAUGCUGCAGCUGAGUCUGGAUCACCUGUAGUCCCACAGUCUGAGACCACCACUGAGACCUGGGCAGAGGAUGACGCCAGCGAGAGUCCCCAACAGGUGUCAAAGAAAGAGGAAGCAUCAUCUGUGACUGGCAAGUCAUCAUUGAUGCGUCAAGAAUGCUUGGAGCACGACCAGCGAAUGGUGGCCCUGCUCUCCAUGGUUAGACACAUCGAGGUCCAACUGAAGCAGCAGCAGCAGCAGUCUGUUGGUCGCAGCCUCAUCACAUUGGAGGACAUCAUCAGACAGACUGAGACUCUGGACCUCGAACUGCGCGGCAUGGAGCCUGAGAUCAACAAAGAGGCGGAGGCGGCUGAGCGACUGCUGAAGCCCCAACCGAAAAAUGUUCCUCCUCAACUCCUAUUGGCCCUGGAAAAGGAUGGGCGGAGCUUGGCUCGAGGAUACGAGGCUGCCAGGGCUCUUUCUGAGGGCAUUCUGCAAAGUCUACGAGACCACAGAGACUCUUAUAAGGAUGCAGUCACAGCUGAGCAGAAGUCACUGGGACAACAUGUGGAGAGCUUGCUGUCUUGGCUGACAGAGACAGAGACUCAGAUGGAGAAAGAGAAGAAAAAUGACGGUUCAGAUCAGCUCACGCAGCAGCUGACUCUUUGCAAGGAGCUCCAGUCCUCUCUGAAGGCUCGCUCUAGCGAGGUCAACAACGUAGUGUUUGACAUUCAGGUGUUCAUCUCAGAGCGGGCGCAGGACCUGGCCCCUGAGCAAAGCAGGCAUCUUCUGGGGCAGCUUCAGCAGCUGCAGAAGGCCUUCCACAGAGCUUCCGGUCAAGCCCAGGCCUGGGCCGACGCCCUCUCAGCCCAGAGAGACAGGGAAGAGGAGCGGCAGCGCAAAGAGAAGGAGAAAGAAGAAGAGAAGGAGAAAGAGAGGCAGAGUGCGAGGGAGAGAGAGGUGGUUCAGCAGCAGAAAGCAGAGUGCUCUCAGAAACUGGAAGGCCUCAGCAUGUGGUUGGCUGGAGCUGCCAGCCUGCUGGCCAGUCAGAGACCAGGAGCAGAGUCAGGUGAUGUGGACAUCCUGCAGGAGAAGCAGAGGAAACUAAAGGAAGUCCAGAAAGACCUCCACACUAAAGGCGAGGGCAUAGCUGAGGCCAUCAGGUCUGUGGAGGAGCUCCUGUCAGAGCAAGGAGAAACCCUGAGCCCAGAGGAGAGGGAGAACCUCCAGGCGGCGCUAACAAGAAUGAAGGAGCAGUACAGUGCUCUGACAGAUUCAACCAGCACCACGCUGUCCGAGCUCGACACAGCCAUUAAUAACACUGUGCAGCAGAACACACAAAGGGCGAAAGCAGUGGAGGAACUACAGGAGACCCGAACUCAUAUAGACUCCCUCCUGAAUGAACUGUCCACCCUUAACCAACCUGGAAAGACUCUAGCUGGAUCUUCAGCAGCCCAGGAUGUUAUUGAUUCCCCUUUUUCACCACCAGAGGGCGCUGUGAUGUCACAUACUGAGAUGCUACAGGCGGAGCUUCAGCAGCUCCAGGCUCAGCAGGCACAGCUGCUGCAGAUCACCCAGUCGACUCGGUCCCUUUUGGAGCAGCCUGACACAACAGUUCCUCCUGAAGAGAAACAGCGACUCAGGGCUGCCCUGGACCAGCUGCAGGCUCAGCACCAGGACAAACUGAAGAGCUGCCAGGACCGUCUGAGAAAGUCUGAGGCUCUGAAAGAUGAGCUGACAAAAUUCCUCCAGGAACAUGGAAGUUUGGGUACCUGGCUGGAACAAAGUGAACGGGAUCUUCGUUCUCUUGGCGAAGGAGAAACAGAUGCACAAGGACUUAAGGGCAGGCUAGACGAGCACAGAAAGCUUGCCGAAGAUGUGAUUUGCCACAAGGCAGACUUGCGCUUCGUUUCCAUCUCGGGUCAGAAAGUUCUGGACUCUGUUCAGGGAGCUCUGGAGCAAGGUGGUGGUUCAGAUGCAUCUCUGGAGAGCACCAAGCAGCUGGUAACUGACAAUCUACAGGAUGCCAACCACAGAUACACCACUCUACACACCAAGUCAACAGAGUUGGGCAGCCGUUUGUCCGGCCUGUUGGAGAGAUACCAGCAGUACCAGGAUGAGGUCGUCUCCCUCCACUCCUGGCUCAGCACUCAGGAACAGAACCAAAGCAUAGCGAAGGCCAGCGCAGAGACAGACCCGCAGAACCUACAGAACACACUACGACAAGUACAGCUGCUUCAGGAUGAGCUGGCAGAGCGCUCGGUGCAGCUGGAGAAGGUGAAGAGGGCAGGAAGAGAUCUGGUCAGCACAGAUGAAUCUCCUUCCCUGAAAGCUGUUGACAUCCUGUGUGCUGCAGAUGGCUUGGAGAAGAGAUUCGACUCCCUUUCCACAUCUGUCUCAGAACGGGCCGAGCAGCUGCAGACAGCUGUGGCCCAAUCUGUCAGCGUCCAGGAGGGCCUCAGGGGUCUGCUGAGCUGGUUGGACAAACUGGCUCUGAGCCCUGGACCAAUUGAACCCACUGCACAGGCUGUACAGGAUGCCCUUACUCAGAACCAGAAACUUCGGCAGGAAUUACUCUCCCGGCAGGGCAGUGUGGACGCAACACGAGACUCUGUUUCCAAACUGCUUCACACCUCAGACGCCUCCACGGCUUCAGGCCUUCAGGGGAGUUUAGAAGAUCUGACUCAGCGCUUCACUGCAGCACAGGCCAGCCAGGCUGAGAGGGAAGCUGAGCUCAAAGGGCUGCUGCCCAAGCUGGAGAGCUACGAGCGGCUGGGGUCAGACCUCCAGGUCUUCACCCAGAGCCGAGUGAAGGCUCUGAGUCCCGUCGGUCAACCGGACCGCAGCGUGGACGACUACAGGCAGACCAUUGAGGAGGUCCGAUCGGAGCUGGAACAGGAAGCCGGGCAGCUGAAAUCCUUCUGCAACCUUGGCACUGAGCUCAGCCAAUCAAAACCCUUCAGUAAUACUCAAAGCUUAUUGGACAAUGUCAAAGAGGUCACUGAUGAAUUCAACCAACUGGAAGAAAAUGUAAACGAAAGGUUUGCUGCCAUUCAGGCCUGCGAGCAACAGCUGCUCCAGUUCCGCGGCCUCUCCGGCUCCCUCGUCAGGUGGCUUCAGACAGCACAGGACCAGCUGCCCUCCAAAGAGGCCAACCUCAACACCGAGGGCCUGCAGAGGAGAGUUCAGCAGCUUAAGGACUUGUUGCACGACUGGGAGUCGCAGGGAUCCCGAGUUCAAGAGCUAAACAAGACGGGCUCCGAGCUGGAAUCGCUCAUCAUCGAUAUCACCGCUCCUCAGACCAAAACGGGUGCUCCUCACAUCAAUGGCUCAGCAGGUCCCAGCAGUGUCAAUGGCAUUCACACCUGUAAAGAUCUGACAGAGCUCCAGGUAGCAGUGUCUGAUGUGAACAGUCGAUAUGACGCUUUGGGCGGGGAGUUAAAGGAGCGUCUUGGUCAGCAGCAGGCCUCGUUGGAGCUGAGGCAGAAGGCCAGGCAGGGCACAGAAGAGCUUAAGAGCUGGCUGACAGACAGAGAGGAAAGCCUGAAACAGGCACAGACCGCCUCUCCCUCCAAACCGGAGGUGGUACGAGCUCAGGCCCAGGAGAACAAGGCCCUGCUGUCAGAAUUGGCCGAGCACUCAGGAAAGGUGGAGGAGCUGAAGAGCACGCUGAGGAAACUGAUUGCUGAAAACCCCGAUUCACCAGAAGCAGACACCUGGAGACAACAGCUGCAAGAGAUCGACUCCCGCUGGCAAACGGCUAAUCAGACCGCGGCUCAGAGGCAGACUGAGCUCGAGACGUGCGCUGAUAGGCUGGGCAGCUUUGCCUCAGCGGCCAAUCAGUUGGGUCCUUGGCUGAGGGAGAAGGAGCUGAUGAUGAGCGUUCUGGGACCCCUGAGCAUCGACCCCAACAUGCUCAACACACAGAAACAGCAAGCACAGUUCAUGCUGCGGGAGUUUGAGACCCGGCGGCCACAGUUUGACCAGCUGACUCAGUCAGCUGAGGGCAUCCUCUCCCAGACCGGUGACUCUGCUCAGGACCCCAAGGACCUGGCAGAGGUGCGUUCUGAACUGGGCUCCAUCUCCCAGCAGUGGGAGGACCUAACGAGCAAAUUGACACAGAGGUCGAACCACAUCGAUCAGGCCCAAGGAACCAGCGAACGGUACCAGGCCUUGCUCCGAGAUCUUUCCUCCAGUCUGUCUGCUCUGAGUGAGAGGUUGGAUGCUCAGGCCUCACUGAGCGCUCAACCCGAGGCACUGAAACGCCGCCUGCAGGAAACCGGAGAGAUCCGAUCUGUGCUGGAGAGAAGGCGGACCGAGCUUGCCGAGGCGGAGAAGCUCUGUCAGGAGCUGAGCGCCAUCGUGGCUGAACCCUACCUGAAAGAAGAGCUGAGCAAACGACUGGAGAGUGUCAGCGGGCCGCUCAAGAGUUUGGAGGAGCGUGCAGCUGACGGUCUGUCUCAGCUCCAGGCUGCCCUGUCGUCCACCCAGCAGUUCCAGCAGAUGUUUGAGGAGUUGCGCUCCUGGCUUGACAAGCAGACAGAUCCUAGAGAAUCAUCAACCGUCGCCCUGCCCUGUCAGCCGGAGGCCAUUCGCUCCCUGCUGGCAGAGACAGAUGAGCUCCAGCGUGGGAUUGCCAGUCAGCGAGGCUCCUACGAGCUGAUCCAGGCUGAGGGAGCGUCGCUCCUCGCCACUCUACCAGCAGACGAGCGCUCAGCCCUGCAGGCCCGUCUGACCUCCUUGAGACAGGACUGGGAGGGCCUGAACCACAGGAUCUCAGACAGGGAGGCAAGACUGAAAAACACUCUGAACAAAGCAGAAACUUACCAGCAGCACAAGGCUGAGCUGGUACCGUGGUUAGCAGACUGCGAAGGGAAAGAAAAAGAGCUACAACCAUCACUUGACUCGUCUGCCCUGGACGAAGCCUCGCAGAAAGCACGAAAUCUGUCCCUGGACAUCGAGAGACGACAACCUCUACUUGAAGCCUUUAAUGCUGCAUCUGAUCAGCUGCUGGAGCAGUGCUGCAUCGGGGAGGAAGAGGUACGUGAUGAGAAGGCUCAGCUAAACCGGAGGGUAGAUGGACUGGGCGAAAGCCUCCACAAUCGCACCGCCCAGCUGGAGGAGCUGGCCAGCCGUCUGAAGGAGUUUGAAGAAGGUAGACAGGCAGUGGAGAGGAGACUGGAGGCUGCCAAGCACCAAAUCGAAGUGCAGGAGGCUCUAGGACCUCAGGCAUGCAGUGCCAAAAGCCUGGAGAGGUUGAGAAGUCAGCAGGAGAGUCUGAGAUCCUUGCAGCCUCAGGUGGUCUACCUGAGAGACCUGGCUCAGGGGCUGGUGCAGGAUGCACCCCAGACACCAGGAGGCAGCACAGAGGGAACACGGAGACUCCAGGAGCAGGCCAAAGAUGCAGAGAAAGAGUAUGAAGAUGUUACUGACAAGAUCGAGCAGUGCUGCUCCUCCCUGGAGUCACGGCUGCAGGGCGUCGGCGAGGUCCAGGCUCACGUGCGGGACGUCUUCUCACGUCUCGCCGACCUUGAUGAUGAACUGGACUCCUUCAGUCCCGUUGGACGCGACGCGGACUCCUUGGCCUCUCAGGCCGACGCCCUGAAGGGCUUCCUCUCCCGUCUGGCCAACCUCAGGACUGAGCUGGAGGGCCACGCGUCAGAGUGUACCACCAUGCUGCGGCGCGAAGGCUCCUCUCCCGACCUCCUCGCACUCAGGAGGGAGACGGAGGCUUUGAGCCGCCAGGCCGGCAAGCUGAGUGAACGCGGCCAGGCCAGGUUGGACCAAAUCGAGGAUGCUGCGGACCGUGUUCGUGAUUUCUACAGGCUGGUGGCUGAGCUGCAAGGCCUGCUGGGAAGAGCAGAAGAGAAUCUGAAUGCGCAGGGCCUGGUUGGCACAGAGGUGGAGAUGAUUAAGCAGCAGCUGCAGGAGUUCAAGGCUGUGGAGAGAGAGCAGGUAGACAGCAUUCAGCCAAAGCUGCAGCACGUCAACGCAGUGGGUCAGGGUCUCAUCCAGAGCGCCGCCAAACACACCGACACCCAGGCGCUGGAGCACGACCUGGAGACCACCAACCUCCAAUGGAACUCACUCAACAAGCGGGUGGCAGAGCGGAUCGCCCAGCUGCAGGAGGCCCUGCUGCAUUGUGGGAAAUUCCAGGAUGCUCUGGAGCCGUUGCUCAGCUGGCUGAGCGACACAGAGGAGCUGGUAGCGAAUCAGAAGCCUCCAUCGGCCGAGUACCGCGUGGUCAAGGCCCAGAUCCAAGAGCAAAAGCUCCUCCAGAGAUUGUUAGAUGACCGCAGACCGACAGUGGAAAUGAUCCAGGCUGAAGGAGAGAGGAUUGCAGCCACAGCAGACUCUCAGGACCGAGAGAAGAUCCAGACCCAGCUGCAGAGUCUAGCAGAGAGAUGGUCUGACCUGCUGGACAAGGCCAGCGGCAGACAAAGGCAGUUGGAGGAGCUGCAGGUUUUGGCUCUUCAGUUCCACGAAGCCCUCGAGCCACUCGGGGAAUGGCUGAGCACCACGGAGAGACGCCUAAGCUCUGCUGAGCCUAUGGGAACCCAGACGGCAAAGAUCACCCAGCAGAUCGUCAAACACAAGGCGCUCCAAGAUGACGUGUCUUCCCGGGAAGCCGAGGUUGACCACCUCGAGUCGCUGAGCCAAUCGCUGAGCCCGCUCAGCUGCGCGGCUGAUCGCGAUUGGUUAAGCGAACGUGUGGGAUCGGUGAGGUCUGGUCACUCAGAGCUUGCUGAUUGGUGCUCCAGGCGGGCGGGCCUGCUGGAGCAGGCACUGGCCAACGCUCAGCUGUUUGGGGAGGACGAGGUAGAGGUGCUGAACUGGCUGGCGGAGGUGGCUCAGAGACUGGCUCAGGUCUCUGUACAGAGCUAUCGGCCCCAGGUGCUGGCCGAGCAGCACAAACACACUCUGGCUCUGAAUGAAGAGAUCUUGAGCAGGAAGAAAACCGUGGACCAGGCCAUCAAGAAUGGACAAGCUCUACUCAAACAGACCACAGGUGAGGAGGUCCUCCUGAUCCAGGAGAAGCUCGACGGCAUCAAGUCUCGCUACGCCGAGAUGACGGCCGGCAGCAGUAAAGCCCUCCGUACCCUGGAGCAGGCCCUGCAGCUGUCCACGCGAUUCGCCAGCGCCCACGACGACCUCAACCAGUGGCUGGACGGUGUGGAGACGGAGCUUAACACUGUUGAGCCCGACGCCUCACCCGCCUACCAGGAGAGACAAAAGGAGUUGAAGAAAGUGUCAGCAGAGAAGCGUCUGGUGUUGGAUACAGUGAACGAGGUGGGCAGCGCUCUGCUGGAUUUAGUGCCUUGGCGAGCCCGGGAAGGCCUGGACCGCCUCGUCGCAGACGCCAACCAGCGCUACCGACAGUCUGAUGAAACCAUCACUCAGCGGGUUCAACUGGUACAAGCUGCCAUCCAGAGGUCGCAGCAGUAUGAAGAGGCCGUGGAUGCAGAGCUGGCCUGGGUUGGGGAGACGGAGCGCAAACUGGCAUCUCUGGGGCCGCUGAGUCUGGAGCCUGACGUGACCGUGGCCCAACUGCAAGUGCAGAGGGCGUUCAACAUUGACAUCAUCCGACACAAAGACACAGUAGAUCAGCUCCUCAGCACCAGAGACGACAUCUUAGAAGCAUGCAGUGAUGCUCAGAAGGAUGCACUCAUGCUCAAGACGGGCUCUUUGAGCGCUCGUUAUGAUGCAGUGAGUCAGAGCCACAGCGAGCGGUUCUCAGCUCUGGAGCAGGCCCAGGUUCUUGUGGCUCGGUUCUGGGAAACCUACGAGGAACUGGAGCCGUGGCUGGGUGAAACUGAGACCCUCAUCGCCCAGCUUCCACCACCAGCUAUUGACACAGAUGCUCUCCGGCUGCAGCAGGACCAGAUGAGACUGCUCAGGGAGUCCAUAGCAGAACACAAGCCACACAUCGACAAGCUGCUGAAAAUCGGACCUCAGCUGGCCAAGCUCAGCCUGCAGGAGGGUGCGAGUGUGACGCAGCGCUACGCAGAUGCCGAGAAACGGUACCAGGCCAUCAAAGAGGAGGUCAAAGGUCGUGCUACAGUACUAGAUGAGGCGGUGUCCCAGUCUGCACAGCUGGUAGAGUUUCACGACAAGAUGGACCCGCUGUUGGAGACUCUGGAGGGGGCGGUGCAGCGGCUUCGGCAGCCUCCCCCCGUGGCUGCAGAGGUGGAGAAGAUCAGGGAGCAGCUGGCAGAGCACCGAGCCCAGGGACUGGAGCUGGACAAACUGCUGCCAAGCUUCUCCGCCCUCUGCGCCCGCGGCGAGGAGCUCAUCAGCCGAGCGGCUCAUGACGACCCUGCUGCUCAGGCUGUCCGUUCCCGCCUCCUCCGCCUGCGCUCUCUAUGGGAUGAGAUCCGGCAGCGUGCUGAAGAGCGAGAGGGGAAACUCAAUGAUGUCUUGGACCUGGCUGGGAAAUUCUGGGCCGACGUGGCGGCGCUACUGAGCACGCUCCGAGACUCCCAAGAUAUCGUGAAAGACCUGGAGGAUCCCGGAGUGGACCCAUCGCUCAUCAAACAACAGAUUGAGGCUGCUGAGGCCAUCAAGGCGGAGACGGAUGGCCUGAGGGAAGAGCUGGAGUUUGUCAGGACCCUCGGAGCUGACCUCAUCUUCGCUUGUGGAGAAACUGAGAAGCCUGAAGUCAAGAAGACCAUAGAUGAGAUGAAUGCUGCUUGGGAGGGACUGAACCGAACAUGGAGAGAGAGGAUGGAGAGACUGGAGGAAGCCAUGACUGCCUCAGUUCAGUAUCAGGAUGCACUGCAGUCCAUGUUUGACUAUCUGGACAACGCAGUGAUCAAGCUGUGUGAAAUGUCAACUGUGGGAACUGACCUGGGAACUGUCAAACAACAGAUUGAGGAGCUUAAGCAGUACAAGGUGGAGGUUUACCAGCAGCAGAUUGACAUGGAGAAGCUGAGCCACCAGGGGGAGCUGCUGUUAAAGAAAGUGUCAGACCAGACCGACAGAGACAUGAUCCAGGAGCCGUUGACCGAACUCCGACACCUGUGGGAAAACCUGGGGGAUAAAAUCACCCAACGACAGCACAAACUGGAGGCUGCCCUGCUGGCUCUGGGUCAGUUCCAGCAUGCCUUGUCCGAGCUGCAGGCCUGGCUGACCCACACACACACCACUCUGGACACACAGCGACCCGUCAGCUCUGACCCCAAGGCCAUCGAAAUUGAGCUGGCUAAACACCAUGUUUUACGCAAUGAUGUGCUGUCCCAUCAUGCUACAGUGGACACUGUGAACAACGCUGCCGCUGAGCUGCUGGAGUCCUCUCCUGGCGAUGAGGCGGGCAACCUGAGGGAUCAGCUCGAUCAGCUCAACCAGAGCUGGGGGAGUCUACUGCUCAAAACCCAGGAGCGACAAAAACUGCUGGAGGCCGCCCUGCAGCAGGCUGAAGGUUUCCAUGGGGAGUUGGAGGAGUUCCUCCAGUGGCUGAGGAGGACCGAGAGCCAGCUGUCUGCCGCCAAGCCAACAGGCGGUCUCCCUGAAACCGCCAGGGAGCAGUUACAGCAACACAUGGAGCUCCAAGCCCAGGUGACUCAACGUGCAGAGCAGUACAAUCGCCUGCUGGAUCAGGGAGAGUCCAUGCUGCUGGCUCGUGGAGGAGAAGAAGCAGGACCUGGUACCACCCAGACCCAGCAGAACCUGGCCAUGCUGCAGAACAAGUGGGGCAGCCUCAACACCAAGAUGGACGACCGCAGGGCAAAACUGGACGAGGCCGUUUCUUUGGCCACGGGUUUUCAGACUUCUCUGCAGGACACCAUCAACUGGCUGACCCAGGCUGAGCAGACCCUGAACAUGGCCCAGCCCCCCAGCCUCAUACUGGACACCGUCCUCUUCCAGAUUGAUGAGCACAAGGUCUUUGUCAAUGAGGUGAACACCCACAGAGAGCAGGUCCUGGCUCUGGAGAAGGCCGGCUCUCAACUUCGCUUUGCCAGCCUGAAGCAGGACGUGGUUCUGAUCAAGAACCUGCUGCUCAGCGUCCAGGCCCGCUGGGACAAGCUGGUCCAGAGGUCACUGGACCGAGGCCGACACCUGGAUGAGGCCCGCAAAAGAGCCAAACAGUUCCACGAGGCCUGGAGGAAGCUGACAGACUGGUUAGAAGAAGCCGAGAAAAGGCUGGACUCAGAGCUGGAGAUCUCCAACGAGCCGGAUAAGAUCAAAGUACAGCUGACAAAGCACAAGGAGUUUCAGAAAGCACUGGGAUCAAAACAGCCCGUCUACGACACCACGGUGAGGUCGGGGAAGGCCAUGAGGGACAAAGCUCAGCUGCCUGCAGACACGCAGAAGCUGGAUAACCUUUUGGGAGAAGUUCGUGACAAAUGGGACACCGUCUGCGGCAAGAGCGUGGAGAGACAACACAAGCUGGAGGAGGCUCUGCUGUUCUCUGGUCAGUUUGCUGAAGCUCUUCAGGCUUUGGUGGACUGGCUGUACCGAGUGGAGCCUCAGCUAGCAGAAGACCAGCCCGUCCACGGGGACCUGGAUUUGGUGUCCAACCUCAUGGACUCGCAUAAGGCUUUCCAAAAAGAACUGGGGAAGAGAACCAGCAGCGUUCAGGCUCUGAAGCGUUCGGCCCGUGACCUGAUGGAGACCGGCCGCGAUGACACAGCGUGGGUCAAAGUUCAGCUUCAGGAGCUCAGCAACCGCUGGGACACAGUCUGUGCCCUAUCAGUCACCAAGCAGACGCGCCUGCAGCAGGCGCUCAAACAGGCGGAGGACUUUCGCACAGCGGUGCAGCUGCUCCUGGAGUGGCUCUCAGAGGCGGAGCAGACGCUUCGUUUCCGCGGCGUCCUCCCCGAAGAGGCAGAGACUCUGCAGGCGCUGCUCCACACACACCGGGACUUCAUGGGCACAGUGGAGGAGAAGAGGACUGACGUGAACAAGGCUGCUGGCAUGGGAGAGGGCAUCCUGACCGUGUGUCACCCCGACUCCAUCACCACCAUCAAACACUGGAUCACUAUCAUCAGGGCACGCUUCGAGGAGGUGCUGACUUGGGCUAAACAGCACGAGCAGCGGCUGGAAACGGCUCUGACCGAAGUGCUCAACAAUGCCAACCUGCUGGAGGAGCUCCUGUCAUGGCUACAGUGGGCUGAGACCACACUGGUCCAAAGAGACACUGAACCACUGCCUCAGGACAUCCCACAACUCAAAAACCUCAUCACAGAGCAUCAGAUGUUUAUGGAGGAGAUGACGAGGAAGCAGCCGGAUGUCGACAAAGUGACAAAAACCUACAAAAGAAAGCCAGCCGAGCCUCCCAGCAGCCUGGCGGAGAGGAGAGGCGCUCGAAAACACCAGCAGCAGCAGCAGCAGCAGCAGCAGCAGGCGGCCAUGCAGGUUUCUGGGGGAAACCCACGACUCAACCAGCUGUGUGCCAGGUGGCAGCAGGUGUGGCUGCUAGCUCUCGACCGGCAGCGCAAACUCAACGAUGCUCUGGACAGGCUGGAGGAGCUCAAGGAGUUUGCCAACUUUGACUUUGACGUGUGGAGGAAGAAGUACAUGCGCUGGAUGAACCACAAGAAGUCCCGCGUCAUGGAUUUCUUCAGACGCAUCGACAAAGACCAGGAUGGCAAGAUCACACGGCAGGAGUUCAUCGACGGCAUCUUGGCCUCGAAAUUUCCAACCAGUAAGCUGGAGAUGACGGCCGUGGCAGACAUCUUUGACAGGGAUGGAGACGGUUACAUAGACUACUACGAGUUUGUUGCUGCUCUGCACCCCAACAAGGAUGCCUACAGGCCGACCACUGACGCCGACAAGAUCGAGGAUGAGGUGACGCGGCAGGUAGCCCAGUGUAAAUGUGCCAAGAGGUUCCAGGUGGAGCAGAUAGGCGAGAACAAAUACCGGUUCUUCCUCGGAAACCAGUUUGGAGACUCUCAGCAGCUGCGUUUGGUGAGGAUUUUGCGCAGCACAGUGAUGGUGAGAGUCGGAGGAGGUUGGAUGGCUCUAGACGAGUUUCUGGUCAAGAACGAUCCAUGCAGAGUGCAACAUCCAGGAAUAAAGAUUCUCCGCUCCGAUUCGAGUAGCUCCAUCUCAUCUCGUAUAGUGACAGUCACUCCUGGCUAUUUCUGCUGCCGAGCUCGAGGUCGCACCAACCUGGAGCUAAGGGAGAAGUUCAUCCUUCCUGAAGGAGCGUCUCAGGGUCUGGCCGCCUUCCGGUCCCGGGGCCGUCGCUCCAAGCCGGGCUCUAGGAACGCCUCGCCCACCCGCUCCUCUUCCUCGGCCUCCCACAGCGGGGCUUCCCUCCCCUCUGCUCCCUCUGCCCCGGCCACCCCGACGGCCUCUGCAUCAUCCAGGUCGUCCCAUACUCACUCGCGUGACUAUGCCAAGCCCUGGCUGGCACACAGUAAAACUCCAACGCCAACCAAGUGCCACUGCUGCCCAGAUCUCGGUCACAGCCACACCACUCCUGGGCACGAGGGGGCGCCAUCUGGGUCCAAGUUAAAGAGACCGACCUUCCACUCGAGCCGAGGCUCGCUAACCGGGGAGAACGGUGGAACGACGCACACCAGCAAACCAUCGCGGACGGAUCCCAAGCGAGGGGGGUCCACAGCCAGCGGUCCCACCAGCCGAGCCGGCAGCCGAGCCGGCAGCAGGGCCAGCAGUCGCCGUGGCAGCGACGCCUCAGACGCAUCAGAGCUCCAGGACGCUCGGUCCGUCUGCUCCGACACUUCAGAUACCCCGCGACGACCGGGCGGUGGGGCCAAACCCUCCAAGAUCCCCACCAUCUCCAAGAAGACCCCCAGCCCAAAAACCCCGGGAUCUGCGAAGAAAUAAACCCACCCACAGAGAAACUGGAGGAACUUGCAGUGGGUGGGCCACUAUUAUCUGCCAUUUUGGGUGUACCAGCGUCACUCUGAGCAUCCAUCCAUAGGGCUUGUCUAGAAUGUGUGCACUAUGACUGAUACUUUCCAGGAGAAAGAAGGAGGUGGAUGAGCUGAGUGAAUCUCCGUCUCGUUCUUUCCCCAGCCGACUGAAAACCUGCACAAGAGGAGAAGAUUCUGGUCUGGCGGUCUCAGGCCAGAGUCUGUGGGGUGAAAAAAAAAGACUGUUCCCCUUUAAGAAGCGACCCCAGUUUGCCUUCCAGUCUCCUGCUUCGUCUUUCAGAAGUUCCCCACCAGCGAGGAACCAAACACAGACCGACCCGAUGUGAUGCUGCCUUACUUUGUGUUACAAACUCCUGUCCCGAUCCGACACACAAACACACAUUUUAACACAGAGCCGGUGCAGGGAGUGGGACACGCCGCCACCGCCGCCGCCACAGCUACAAAAACAAAAAAAGCUCAAGUGGCAUUCAGGAAAAAAAAAAAAAAAGAAGGAAUUUGUGGGUUAUUAUUUUGGCUUGUGGGCCAGAUGCCUCAGCGAUGAGUUAAAAAAGAAAAUAUGCAACGACUGCCAUGUCGCUUCCCCUGCGUUGGUUGGCGAGAAAAAGAGUCACCUCAGCAGAUCUACGGAGGCGGGAAACGCUGUCUGGCUCCCACAGCGGCCAACCUCAGACUCGGAGGAUCGGCGGUGGCGCUGCUGCAGCUGAGGGCAAACUCUCACACACUCAAACGCCGCAGAGCCGACUCCUCCCGACCGCUGGAACGUUAAGACGGGCCUCGCGGGUGUGCGUCUCGGCGGUUUUGUCACAUGUCUGCGUUACAAUCCGACACACACAGAAAUAAGAAAUCACAAACUGGCAAUAGAGAGGACUAUUUUUAUGGCGACACACUCAACUUAACAGCACAUUACUGACAAUACACGACAUGCGUAACCUGACGUAAACGAGCGCGUUCGCAGAGUCCGACAACCAGCAUGCACUAAUUGUCUCUUCCUCUGCAGCCCUGCAGCACAUACGUGCACUCUCAAACUCAAAAGGUGUGUGCGCGCGUGUGUGUCGCGUGUGUCUUUCUUAUAGGAAAGAAUAAAGGUCAAUGACUUGAGUCACUGUAUGCAAACGUUUAAUUUGCGAAUGUCUUUUUGUUUUUUCUUCUCGUUGUUUUCUGGUUAAUUUAUAAUCCAGUUUUGUUUUCUAGCUUGAGAGAAAGAUCUAUUUAUUUUUCACGUCAUAUCACCGUUGGCAGAGAGUGAUUUAGUAUUAUGGUGAAAGUUUUUUUUUUCUCUUUUUUUUUUGUACCGAGAAGAUGCCCACUCCGCUGUUUCGACUUGAUCUGUGUGUAACGUGUGUUUCUACUCUGUUGUAACAUGACAUCAUUCACUAGGUCGCUGAUUCUAGUGGCAGCCUUUUUGUUACAUUUUCUUUAAAGCUAAUGACUACAGUUUUCCUGACCACGACCAAAGGGGGUUGCCCUUCAUGUGUAGAGA